AGUUUAGAGAGAGGAGAGAGGGAGAGGAGAGAGAGAGAGGUGUCAGGGACUUGGGAGUCUACAGUCACCUCCUUUAUCUCAGCCUAACAUCGCUCUGCACUUGCCAUUUCGCUUCUCAAAUCCCCAUUUUCUUCUAAUUCCCAAUUUCGCAUUACUCCCCUUUUCAUUUUUUCUCUCUCUUUAUCCCUUUUUUCCCAUUUAUUCAAAAUUCUCAUCUCUCUCUCCUCUCUCUCAUCUGUGUAUUGGGGAACUCUGUGGGUGUGGGUGUGGGUGUGUUGGUGUGUGUAUAUCUGUGUUCGGAUCUCCGUCUCAGUCCGCAGAUGUGUUGCUCUGUCUACGCUCGAAUCGUCUCUCUCCUAUUUCAAAAACUGCGGUUAGAUUCCUAUUGGCCUCAAUCUCUGCUUUCGUUUUCUUCAGCUAGGGUUUACAUUUUUCCGGAUCUGUUUUCCAUUGUCACGAUUUUCUCAGCUCUUAGUUUAUUCCGACCCUACGUUUGAGCUUCCGAUUUCGGUUUCGUUUUCAAUUGCGCGCAAAAGGACGUGUCUUUGGCUUUGGGUGGAUUCCGCAGCUUCAAUUGUUGGAUAAAUUUGCAUCUGGCUUCAUCUUCCCUCUGAUUCAGGUUGUCAGCCUGCUCUUUGCAUGAUCUUUGCUCUUGGUAGGAGUUUUGAUCACAAAUCAAGAGAUGAGUCGGACAACAAAUGAGAGUGAAGAUGGAGUGCUGUCCAAGGAUCAGAUUGAUUCUCCGUUGAUGGAUGAGAGUAAUGGAGGAAGUGGAAAUGGUGGAAUGGUUCUAAAGAAAGGGCCAUGGACCUCGGCUGAAGAUGCAAUUUUGGUGGAGUAUGUUAAGAAGCAUGGGGAGGGAAACUGGAAUGCCGUUCAGAAGCACUCAGGCCUGUUCCGUUGUGGCAAAAGCUGCCGGUUGCGAUGGGCAAAUCACCUAAGGCCAAACCUGAAGAAAGGGGCAUUUACUCCUGAAGAAGAACGUCUCAUUGUUGAACUCCAUGCCAAGAUGGGGAACAAAUGGGCACGCAUGGCUGCACACUUGCCUGGACGUACGGAUAAUGAGAUAAAGAACUACUGGAAUACUAGAAUUAAGCGGCGCCAGAGGGCUGGCUUACCACUUUAUCCGCCCGAGGUGUGUUUGCAAGCAUUUCAGGAGAGUCAACAAGGCCAGUCAAGCGGUGGAAUUAAUGAUGUGGACAGAGUGCAGCAUGAUUCUAUGCAAGCUAACAGUUUUGAGAUACCUGAUGUUGUAUUUGACAGUUUAAAAGGAAACGGUUGUGUCUUACCUUAUGUUCCUGACCUCCCUGAUAUCUCUCCUGGUGGCAUGCUGAUGAAAGGCCUUGGUUCUGCUCCAUAUUGUGGUUUUAUGCCACCAACAAUGCAUCGCCAAAAGCGUCUUCGAGAAUCAACAGCUUUAUUCUCUACUUCUGGUGGUAGUUUCAAAAAAGGUUUCCCCCAGUUUGAUCAAUUUCAAAAUGAUACUUGUGAUAAAGUUGCUCGAACGUUUGGGUUGCCUUUUCCUCAUGAUCCUGAUCCUACCACCAGGAGUCCGCUGUCUUUUGGUGUAAUUCAGGGUAGCCAUUCCCUUUCAAAUGGCAAUUCUUCUGCUUCUAAGCCCACAUCCGGGGCCGUGAAGCUGGAGCUCCCUUCACUCCAAUAUCCAGAAACUGAUUUAGGUAGCUGGAGCACUUCUCCUCCGCCGCCCUUACUCGAAGCAAUUGAUGCUUUUAUCCAAUCACCCCCACAGGUUGGUACAUUUGAGCCAGAUUGCACUUCACCACGUAACAGUGGCCUGCUAGAUGCUUUACUCCACGAGGCAAAAGCUCUUAGUAGUGCGAAGAAUCAUCCAUGUGAGAAGAGUUCAAAUUCAUCUAGUGUUACUCCUGGCGAUGUGGCUAAAGGUUCCAAUUUGAACAUUUGUGAGGCAGAAUGGGAAGAAAAUCGAGAUCCGAUUUCUCCACUGGGUCAUUCUGCUACUUCGCUGUUUAGUGAGUGUACACCUAUUAGUGCCAGUGGAAGUUCAUUAGAUGAACCGCCACCUGCUGAGACCUUUACUGGUUGCAAUGUGAAAUCAGAACCUGUAGACCAAGCUUGGGCUCCAGAUAAAGAAAAAGAAAUUGUACCUCUUAUGGAUUAUACUCGUCCUGAUGCUAUACUUGCUUCAGAAUGGUUUGGUAACGGCAUGCAUGAAAGUAUUGCAUCGCUGCUGGGUGAUGAUUUGGCAGCGGAAUGCAAGCACCUGGCUUCUGGCAACCCUACAUCAAAUCAAGGAUUGGGUUUUAGUUCAUGUCCAUGGAACACCAUGCCUCCCGUCUGUCAAAUGUCUGCUCAGCAUCCUUAAGAAACCUCUCCGUCAAUUGUAUGAACCUGAAACUUUUGUCACCUAAUUCAUGCUGAUGAUUUGUUAAUGUGGGGGGAAGUGAGUCCUGGUCUGAGCAAAGGUCACUUGCGAUCGAGACUUGUGGGGUCUCUUGUUAUGCACGCGUCACGGUUGUGUUUUCGUUUGUGGUUUUCAUUCGGUUUCUUUCAAACAAUGCAAUGCAAUGCAUGUAUGCCUAAACAGAACCAUAUGUGGCGUACCAUUUGCUAGCAGGGUUUUGCUAUGAUUGUAGAAUAACUAUGCAUUUUCGAACAUGGAACCGUUCUCAUACUCUGGAACCUGCUUAGUUGGUUUCAAUUUGUUUACCAUUAAAACUGGUCUACAUUGUC